GAAGAGUCCAACAAGCCCCCAACUGAGCCGCAACCUCAGCCUGCAACUGCUCCUUCGACUCUUCCUCAGUACCCGGAGAUGAUUUUGGCAGCGAUCGAGGCUUUGAACGACAAGAACGGCUCGAACAAGUCGUCGAUCUCGAAGCACAUCGAGGCCACCUAUGGCGAGCUCCCGCCGGCGCACUCGACGCUGCUCUCUCACCACCUGAACAAGAUGAAGCAGAGUGGUCAGCUCGUGAUGGUCAAGAACAAUUACAUGAAGCCCGACCCGAACGCUCCACCCCGCCGGGGCAGAGGUCGCCCGCCCAAGCCCAAGGCUCCUCUCCCGCCGGGCACGGUUCCGGCUCCGCCGCGGCCCAGAGGCCGGCCGCCGAAGGCCAGGGACCCGUUUGCCCCUCCGCCGCCCCCCAAGAAGAAAGCUCCGUCAUCUGGCAGCGGCCGUCGAGGUAGGCCACCAAAGUUGGCGAAGACGGCUGCGCCGGCACCGGCCCCGAGUGGGGAAAAGAGGGGGAGAGGACGGCCGCCCAAGGUGAAGCCGGCAGUGGCUGCUCCGGUGGGGGCUGAUUGA